UGGACUUUUGACAUUCAGUCACGGGUUUUACACCCACAGUUAACUCAAGCGGGCAAAGAUCACGAUUUUCAGAAAUCGUCUUCAAAUGAUGCCAGUAAUUCUAACGAAGAUAACAGAUUGGAGCUCACCCCCUCUCGCCUUUAUUUUGUAGUCCAACCGGAAGCGCGUCUCUGUCUUCUCGGCGAAGCUCGAGUGUUUACUGAUCUUCGCACCGACGCGUCGACCUCGACGCGCGCCUCGCUCUCUUUCUCCCGGGUCUGGCUCGGUGUCUGCGGGGUUGGUUGUGUGGCGGUCCACCCGGGGCUGCAGGGGAAGAUGCGUGAUGGCGCGCUCCAUCGCCGCCAGUGCGCCACUCCAGUGAGGGAGACAUGCUGCGGCUCAGCUGCAGAUGGAUGCUGGCGCUGCUGCUGAUCCUGCUGGUCAGCGGGGCUUUCCUCUUCUGCGAGUACCUCAUCUACUUCCCCACCAUCCUCAAGUGCGCCUGGCCCAAGAUCAGCCAUGGCCGCGGCGAGGAGCCGCCGCUCCGCGCCAUGGUGCUGUCGGACACGCACCUCCUGGGAGCCGUGGGGGGCCACUGGUUCGACAAGCUGAGGCGAGAAUGGCAGAUGGAGCGAGCGUUCCAGACCGCGCUCUGGCUGCUCAGGCCCGAGGUGGUCUUCAUUUUGGGGGACAUCUUCGACGAGGGCAAGUGGAGCUCCCAGAAGCACUGGGACGAUGACGUCCGCCGUUUCCACAGGAUGUUCCGACACUCAGCCGACACCGAGCUGGUGGUUCUGGUCGGGAACCACGACAUUGGAUUUCACUACGAGAUGGACUGGUUCAAGCUGCAGCGCUUCGAGAAAGUGUUCAACGCCUCCUCUACUAGGAUCGUCACCAAAAAUGGAGUCAACUUCCUGCUGGUCAACAGCGUCGCCCUCCACGGAGACGGUUGUCCCAUUUGUCAGUCCGUGGAGAAGGAGCUGAUCAAACUGUCCAGGGACCUGAACUGCUCCCUGCAGAGCUCGCAGGCCGGCGCCGCCGGAGCCACGGACGGGUGUGAAGGCGCCCAGGUUUACCCGCCCAGCGCCCCCAUCAUGCUGCAGCACUACCCUCUGUACCGGGUCAGUGACGCGAGCUGCACCGGGCAAGACGCGGCCCCGCCCGAAGAGCGCCACCUGCUGUUCAGAGAGAAGUAUGACGUGCUGUCCAAGGAGUCGUCUCAGAGGCUGCUGCACUGGUUCCGGCCUCGUCUCAUCCUGAGCGGACACACGCACAGCGGCUGUGAAGUCCUCCACGACAACAAGUAUCCAGAGGUCAGCGUACCGUCCUUCAGCUGGAGGAACCGCAACAACCCCAGCUUCAUCCUGGCGUCGGUGUCGCCCGGAAGCUUCUCCCUGUCCAAGUGUUUCCUGCCGGAGGAGAGCACGGUCAUCGGCGUCUACUGCUCGGCCGGCGGCUGCCUGCUGCUGCUGCUGCUGGCCCACUGUCUGUGGGUGAAGGGCCUCCUGCAGUGCCUCAGCCUCUGUCUGCUGGGCAAACACAAGUCUCUGUGAACUACACUACCCAGCAUGCACCGCUGGACACCAGCCAUGAGCUUCAGGAAUUCCCAGCACUUUGAAGGACAGCUCCUCCCCGGCGGAGGAAAGUUCCCCCCCACCCCCACCCACCCCAUCAUACCAGCCGAUUCAAUGUAAAUACAGAAGAUGUCGAAGGAGAAGAGGCCCUUCUUCCAUCCCUCACCGCCGUGUCGUGGUCAUCUCACCUGAAUCAAGUCGGGAAAUACUAUAUUUACUAUCGACUUUUCUGUGCCAAAUGUUUGUGAGGGUUUUUGCCAAAUUUGUUUCUGAUCAACUGUGAACAAUAAAUCUGACGACGGAAGACGCUGUGGUUGCUGCAGUACCGCUGUACUAGAGGGCGAUAUUUUAAUCUGUAGCGACAAAUGACAGAAAAAAAUGAUGUUUUUCAGAGGGGUCCAGUCGGACGCAGAAAGAUGACAUUCGAAAUACACGACCGCGCCCUUAUGUAUAACUGGAUACACCAACUUACCUAGUCCUGUUUGGAGCACAGGAAAGACUUAAAGUCAAGAGAGUCCCUCCAGAGAGUAGAGUUCCUUCUAGGUUUAAGAGAAUAAUCCCAGCCAACUAUCUCAGCUCGUGCAGUAGCAUGAGAAGAUUCCCCCCAGAACAGAACCUUCUGGUGUAGAGGCGAGUCUGUGGCAUGAAACAAAUAAUCAUAGAACCUUUUCUAGAUCUUUUAGUACUCAGGGUUUCACAGAAAGGACUGACUUUCCCACCUCCUCCGAACAAAGUACCGUUUCAGAUCCAUACUUUGCUUGCCAUUGGUCCACUUUUCUUCUCCAGGGUGAAGUUGUAUUCAUCUACUUGCCAGAUGCGUAUGGACUUUUUGUUGUUUGUUUUCAAAUGGGUUGCCAUCCCACUUCUGACGCCAAAAGCCAACACACGUGCAAAGCUGAAGACUCGAAAUAAGCAGAAACUCCACCGCCGACGGACGACAAAAACAGCAGAUGAAACCCAGGCCAAGAAGAGUCCUCUAAUGUGCCUCUUUAUUUAAAGAAAAUAAAAAUGUCAUUUAAUCAUCAUCAUCAUCAUCAUCAUCAUCAUCAUCAUCAUCCACCCGGGCCUAACAAGGUAUUUGCACCUCCAGUCAGUUCACUCUCUUUCAGGGAUAGACGUGUACUGUAGCAGAAGAAAAAG